AUCAGUCAGUCGCAAGCACCACAUCGAGCAGCAGCACUUCAUCCGCUCUUCUGAUUGACACCGACAGCCGUCGACAUGAUUAGCUCGAAGAUGCUGGUGCUGUGCGUUUUGAUGCUGGCUGCGGCGCCGCUGGUGGUGCGCGCUGACGUCGGCUACGGCAGGGGUCCCGGAGGCGGCGGCUUCGGAGGCGGAUUCGGGGGCGGCUUUGGAGGCGGCAACGGUGGAUUCGGAGGCCCGCCGCAGCCGUACAACUUCCAGUACCAGGUUCGCGACCCGCCGUCGGGCAACGAUUUCGGGCAACAGGAGAGCGGCGACGGGGCGGGUAACGUGCGCGGCACGUACCAGGUGCUGCUGCCCGACGGCCGCAACCAGGUGGUCCGCUACACGGCCAGCGACGCCACGGGCUACGUGGCCGACGUGCAGUACUCCGGGGGCGGAGGCGGCGGUUUCGGGGGCGGCUUCGGAGGUGGCGGCUUCGGCGGCGGCGCCGGCUCGGGCACCUACCUGCCGCCCUUCGGCAGGAAGUGAGCGCUCACCACCCCCCUCCACCGACGCUGUACAGGACGACGCGCCGCCCUCGCCGACCACCCCCUUGUUCCCCCACUGAGAGUCAGACGCGGAAUGUUACAUUACAUUAUUUUAUUAAUCUUUUGUUUUAACUCCUCCUCCGCAUUACUCUUCGUUCAGCGCGGCGCUCUCACCCUGCCUGGCCGCCUGAUUAACAGUACAAGCGUGGGGAUCUGGGAUCACCGCUUGUUUCCUACUCAAGUUCCUUGCAAUAGCAUCAGCUAACGCUGAAAAUAGCUCUCGAUAUGACAGCUGUCUCGUUAGGCAAAAGACUCUGACUUCGUACUGGUUUUGACACAGCUAUUGCCUGGUUCGUUGAGGAGGAAACAGCCCCGCGCAAGUGUUUUACUCUGUAUGCUGUAGACUGAGAACGCUGCUUUAUGUAGCUAGUAUGUAUUUUAAGCAUGUUUUAGUUCAUUCAUAUAAUAAAUUAUUUUUGAGCAUA